AUGGCUCUGCUGCAUAUGUUCAAUGUCGCGGCUAUGAAAAGAAAGUUUGCCGAUCUGCAAUCUUCUUAUCAACUUCGUGAAAACGACACAACAGUUCCGUACUUCACUUUGGUAUCGCCAUUUCUGUUGCGGUUUAUUAUCAGAAAAUCGAAGCGAACCCGAACGGCAAAGCUGAAGAAGCUCGGUCGACAAAUUGGCAGCGAACGGGACAUGUACUUCAAGACAUACAGCAGAAUGUGGAACAAAUGA